UGGUGUGAGUGUGCAGUGGGACGUGUCUGAGGACCAGAAAAAAAACAAGCCUCACAUUAAAUAAUAUCCAUGUCCCAGAGGCUGCUAACGGCCGUCAUAACGUGACUAAUCUCCCGAAAUUGAUAGAAUUCACACGUGUGAUAAAGACUCGUGGAUGAAGUGGAUUAGAUUCGCCUGCGGACGGCGAAAAAAACGUGUGGCCAAACGCCCAGGUCUCGUAAAACACUGAACGAAAGUUUAAUAAUAGAGGAAUCAUGAAACUAACGAGGAUAUGAUGGACUCUAAUAUUUUUUUUAUCAAUCAUUCGCUGAUAUUCACGUGCUGAUUAACCUUGGGAAUUUAUUAUGGGGAAGCAAAACGGCUCUUGCUGGUGGUGCGUCAGAGCCUUCAAAUGGAUACCCGUUAUCUUCAUACUCACUAUCGUAUUCUGGUCUUAUUAUGCCUACGUCGUACAACUCUGUUACUAUACUAUUGAAAGUAAUGUACAAAAGGCUUUCUAUCUCUUCUUCUUUCAUAUUUUAUUCCUCAUCUUCCUGUGGUCAUACUGGCAGACUGUUUUUACGGAAUUAGUGCCAAUUCCGGAUAUGUUUAAGGUACCUGCUGUGGAGAUGGAGAAACUCCAGCAGGCGCAGAGUGAAGAGGCGCAGUCAGCGAUACUGGAGAGACUUGCACAAGAUUUACCUGUGACUAAUCGAACUGUCAGGGGAGCCAUUAGAUUUUGCGACAAAUGUCAGCUGAUAAAACCAGAUCGUGCUCACCACUGCAGUGUCUGUCGUCAGUGUGUCCUGAAGAUGGAUCAUCACUGUCCCUGGGUGAACAAUUGUGUUGCCUAUCACAAUUACAAAUUCUUCAUGCUCUUUUUGAUGUACGCACUGCUCUACUGCGUAUUCAUCGCCGCCACCUCCCUCCAGUAUUUCAUACAUUUUUGGAAGGUUUGGUUUGGUGAUCAGGGGGAACUGGAUGGAACCGGCAAAUUCCACUUGCUGUUUCUCUUCUUCGUCUCUCUAAUGUUCGCUGUCAGUCUCAACUCACUGUUUUUCUACCACUGCUACCUCAUCCUGCACAACAGGUCGACUCUGGAGGCGUUUAGACCUCCGAUGUUUAGAAUGGGCAAGGAUAAAGAUGGUUUCAGCAUUGGAAAAUACAAUAACUUCCAAGAAGUAUUUGGGGAUAAUGGGAGACUGUGGUGUCUACCAGUUUUUACUAGUCUUGGGGACGGAGUGAUCUAUCCAGUUCGAUCCCAGCAUCAGAGUGGUCUCAAUACGUACAACUCGAUGGGCAGUACUCAAAACAGGUCCGCACUCGAUGAUAUGAGUUUGGUAGCAGAGGCAACGAUUCUUGCACUUGGUGCUGGCACGGCCGUGCUAGGUCCAACAGUAGAUGCCAACGAGCCGCUGGUGAACCAAACCGAGACAGUGUAACUCAUUUCGUCCUCGAUAUUUUGUACAAUACUUCAACGAGAAUCUUUUAUCAUUUAUCAUAAGUCAGUGUGUGCAGUGAUUGAGUCGAUGACUCGGCGAUUUCUCAUGAUUUUACUAAUAAUUGUAAAAUUUUCUACUGCCAUGUUGCGAUAAUUUUUCAUUCAUCAAAGGCACAGAAACUUCAGCACUAGGAUUUUUUCAAAACUAAUUUGCAAGGGUGCCGAGGGCAACUUGCCUACGAUUUUCUCGUGUUGCUAGGGAAUUGAGAUUGUUGGAUAAGGAGAACAAUGCGAAUUUAAUGUCAUGAUUCUUGCGUAGAUUUAGAGAUUAUUGUGUUUGUAAGAUAAUCCUUGACGACAAUAUUCAUGGGCUGUUUAUCUCCACGAGCAUGGUUCGCGUGAAUCAUGGAAUGAAAUUUCGUAUUUCAGUUUUUUUAUGAAAUGUAGUUUUUUGCGAACUUCGGUUCGGGUAUUUGACAUUUGAGAUGACAUGUGCGCGUGGAGUGUUCAAACGUUUCUACUUAUGAAAUGAAUAUGGAAAUUGUAUAGAUAAAUUAAAAAAUGAAAUUAUAAUUACUA